UUAGGGGGCAGUCAAUGGGAUGCCGGUGUUUCCUCGUUUUCCCGCCCCCUUCUUUUGGUUUCGUCCAAACUGGCCUGAGCAGCAGCUCAUCAGUCUUUAUCCCUCUGCUGCUGCUGCUGCUGCUGCUGCUGCUGCUGGGAGGAGGAUGAUCUCUGUCUCCGAAUGAAUGCGCCGUCAGUGGCCCGCUGCUGGACGGCUACGCGAUGAAUGCAUUGGCUUUUUACAGUCAAAUGCCUGGAAUGACUAUUAUUAUGGAUAUCUUUUAUUUUCUAUGGAUACUGCCGCCGGUGUGGGCUGUCGAAGAAGUACUGAUGGAUUCAACAACUGCAACAGCAGAGCUAGGCUGGACCCUCUACCCAUCACAGGGGUGGGAAGAAGUUAGUGGCUAUGAUGAAAAUAUGAACACCAUUCGAACAUACCAGGUGUGCAAUGUCUUCGACAGCAGCCAGAACAACUGGGUACGCACCAAAUACAUCCGCCGUCGUGGUGCUCAGCGCAUCCAUGUGCAGAUGAAGUUCUCAGUGCGCGACUGCAGUUCUAUACCCAAUGUCCCUGGUUCCUGCAAGGAGACCUUUAAUCUGUAUUACUAUGAGUCUGACUCGGACAUGGCCACUAAGUCAUCCCCACCCUGGAUGGAGAACCCCUGGGUGAAAGUGGACACUAUAGCAGCUGAUGAAAGUUUCUCUCAGGUUGAUCUUGGUGGCCGCAUCAUGAAGAUCAACAGUGAAGUUCGAAGCUUUGGACCUGUUUCACGCAAUGGGUUCUACCUCGCUUUCCAGGAUUAUGGGGCCUGCAUGUCACUUAUUGCUGUUCGAGUUUUCUACAGGAAAUGUCCCCUUGUAAUCCAGAAUGGCGCCGUCUUUCCUGAGACUUUAUCUGGAGCAGAGAGCACCUCUUUGGUUGCAGCCAGAGGAGUGUGUGUUCCUAAUGGGGAGGAGGUGGAUGUACCCAUCAAGCUCUACUGUAAUGGGGAUGGAGAGUGGAUGGUACCCAUUGGGCGCUGCAUGUGCAAAGCCGGGUAUGAGGGAGUGGAGAAUGGCACAGUCUGCAAAGCAUGUAUGUCAGGCUUCUUCAAAGCUGCACAGGGAGAUCACAAAUGUCUGCAAUGCCCCAUUAACAGCCGAACUACAAGCGAAGGAGCAACUAACUGUGUCUGUCGCAAUGGCUACUACCGCACUGACUCUGACCCUCCACAGAUGCCGUGUACCACUGUUCCAUCAGCACCACAGAACGUUAUCUCCAUCGUGAAUGAAACCUCUCUGAGGCUGGAGUGGAGCCCACCCCAGGAGGGUGGAGGCCGUGAAGAUGUUGUCUACAACAUCAUUUGUAAAAGCUGCGGCAGUGGACGUGGCGGCUGUACCCGCUGUGGGGACAAUGUACAGUUUGUUCCACGUCAGCUGGGACUGACCGACACCCGCGUCCACAUCAGCGACCUCCUGGCUCAUACCCAGUACACCUUUGAAAUACAAGCCGUCAAUGGAGUGUCGGACCAGAGUCCUUAUUCACCACAGUACACAUCUGUCAACAUCACCACCAACCAGGCUGCACCAUCAGCAGUGUCAAUCAUCCACCAGGUCAGCAGAACUCCUAACAGCAUCACCCUAUCCUGGUCCCAGCCUGAUCAGCCCAACGGUGUUAUCCUCGACUAUGAACUGCAGUACUAUGAGAAGAACCAGGCAGAGUGGAACUCAUCUCUGACAAGGAGUCAGACCAACACUGCAGUCAUACGAGGUUUGAAGUCUGGAACUAUCUACGUCUUCCAGGUUCGGGCUCGAACAGUUGCUGGAUUUGGGCGGUUUAGUGGCAAAAUGUACUUCCAAACCAUGACUGAAGAGGAAUAUAACUCCAGUAUCCAGGAAAAGCUCCCCCUCAUCAUUGGCUCAUCUGCUGCAGGAGUCGUCUUAAUCAUUGCCAUCACUGUUGUCAUAAUUGUUUGUCGCAGCAGGAGAAAUUCAGACAGACCGGAAUCAGAGUACACAGACAAACUCCAACAUUAUACCAGUGGUCACAAAGUGUCACCAGGAAUGAAGAUCUACAUCGACCCCUUCACUUAUGAAGAUCCCAACGAAGCGGUCAGAGAGUUUGCCAAGGAAAUUGACAUUGCCUGUGUCAAGAUUGAACAAGUGAUUGGUGCAGGUGAGUUUGGUGAAGUCUGCAGUGGAAAUCUAAGGCAGCCUGGGAAGAGAGAGAUAUUGGUGGCUAUUAAGACACUGAAGGCAGGUUACACUGAGCGCCAGAGGCGGGACUUUCUGAGUGAGGCAUCCAUCAUGGGCCAGUUUGACCACCCCAACAUCAUCCAUCUAGAGGGAGUGGUGACCAAGAGCAGCCCUGUGAUGAUCAUCACUGAGUUCAUGGAGAAUGGAUCCCUUGACUCCUUCCUCAGGCAAAAUGAUGGGCAGUUCACAGUGAUCCAGCUAGUGGGAAUGCUGCGUGGCAUAGCAGCAGGAAUGAAGUACCUGUGUGACAUGAACUACGUCCAUCGAGACCUGGCAGCGAGGAACAUCCUUGUCAACAGCAACCUAGUGUGCAAAGUGUCUGACUUUGGCCUAUCACGCUUCCUUGAAGACGAUACAUCAGAUCCCACCUAUACCAGUGCUCUGGGAGGGAAGAUUCCCAUUAGGUGGACAGCUCCAGAGGCCAUUCAAUACAGGAAAUUCACCUCCUCUAGUGACUGCUGGAGCUAUGGCAUAGUCAUGUGGGAGGUGAUGUCAUACGGAGAGCGGCCCUACUGGGACAUGAGUAAUCAAGAUGUAAUCAAUGCCAUAGAGCAGGACUACAGGUUGCCACCUCCUAUGGAUUGUCCCAGUGCACUACAUCAGCUGAUGCUUGACUGCUGGCAGAAAGACCGUAACAACCGGCCUAAAUUCAGCCAAAUUGUCAGCACCCUGGAUAAAAUGAUCCGCAACCCCAACAGUCUGAAGGCCAUGACACCACUGUCAUCAAGUGUUCACUUACCUCUGCUCGACCGCAGCACUCCAGACUUCUCCUCUUUCAGUACAGUGGAUGAGUGGCUGGAUGCCAUUAAGAUGGGCCAGUACAAGGAGAACUUUACCAACGAAGGCUUCACCAGCUUUGAUGUGGUGUCUCAGAUGUCUAUGGAGGACAUCGUAAAGGUAGGCGUGACACUGGCUGGCCACCAGAAGAAGAUCCUGAACAGUAUCCAGUCCAUGAGGGCCCAAAUGAACCAGAUCACCUCAGUGGAAGUGUGAAAUCACAGAUCAGGAGCACACCAGCUCUGUUCACUGUAGAAAGCCCAGCAGCCACUGCCCCUGCAAUUCUGCUUGAGCCUCUAAGGAGGACUGAUAUAUUGCACACAGACUGUGACUUCAUUUAAACUGAGAUUGACCCUUCUUUUCUUCUGAUUUUCUCCAGAGGGUUCCAUCAGUCUGCAGCACAGCACAGAUGUAUGGUAGUUUUUGUAGCUACUCUAUAUUCAGGUAACGGUAAUGCUUUGAGGCCUGAUGUUGUAGUUGACCAUAAACACAGCCAUCGAAACCCAGUCUUCAAGCUGCUCAGCCCAUGUCGAUUUAAGAUUUCUGGCAUCACUACUCCACUGGCUGCGUUACCACAAAAUCAUCUAAGUAACAAAUCCUUCUCAAAAGUUGACCAUGCACUUUUGUUUUGUGUAUAGGACUCACAGUUAAAGUGAAUAAAAGGAAAAAGAGCACAAUUAAACUCAACUAAAUGUCUACUGCAUAAAACAACCUCAGUAACUAGCAUAAAGCUUGCAGUAGUCAAUACUUUCAGUUGAGCGCAUUUAUUUACAAGUGCCACUUGCACCUUACUGCUUGAUCCAUCACACAGAGAUGUUUGUUGUUAAAAUUAUAAGUUAUAACCCAUUACCUUGCUUGGCAUAUCAAAACCUACUUUUAAUAUUAUUUAUGGUAAACAGUUUUACAGCAAGAGACGCUACAUGUAUUUGCAUUCUGUGACUGCCUGUAUAUACAGUAUCUUCAUUGUUACUCAGUGUUUACAUUGUUACUCCUAAAUCCACACAGGAUUCAAAAAGCAUGUCUACGCACAAAGGAUUCACAGGAAGUGAUACACCCUCAUAGUCAUGUGACAGAUAAAGGCCAGUGGAUGCAUUUGGAAGAAGAAGCAUUGACUGUCUUCUUUAGUCUAGUUUGUUGAGCUGCCCUGUAAACAAAUCCACCAGCUGCUCCUCUGUUGCAUCACUGAUGUGAUAUCUGCUGAAGGUGAAGAACAAAUAGUCGCCACAUGUACAGUUUGUUGUACAAUAAGAAAAACACACUACCACCAGCAGUAACUAUAAAGGUGUUGCCAAAUCUAUCAGGACUGAAACCUUAAUGAUUUUAACUUUAAGUGAAGUAAUAUUAUUCAAAUGUUAUUUUCCUACAUUACAAAAUGUCUGGGCGCAGGUCCCACAAGAAUGCUGUCAGAAAGGAUCUUUCAUUGCAUCUGGUUUAUAAGCCAAUAGAAGCUAUCAGUCUCUGUCCUCUACUAUGACACAUUAAGCCUAAGGGAAUCUCUUCUCAGUAUGGCUCUUUUUAACCUCACAUUACUGUUAAUCAGACAGUGCUUGUUUUAGAUUUUGCUUAUUUUGUUUAUUGGCAUCCAGACUGGAAGUUAGUGAUGACAUUUGCUCUUUAAAGGUCUUUAUAAACGGCCGUCACAUACUUCCAUGCCUGCACUGUCAGAAGCUGCAGAUGUGGUUUUGACUGGAAAACUGACAUCUGAGACAAAUUAAGGAACCAAAUAGUUACUGUCAGCACUGUAAAAAUGGUCCCUUGAAACAAUCCUUUUGAGCUGGUCUGAAAAUUUCAUAAAAAGGCAUGGCUUCUGAUAUUUUGAAAAGUCAGUUGGUUGAUAUUUUUAUUUUUUGUAGACAUCUCUCACCAAAUAGAACAUUUUAACUGUGACAUGACAUCUGAAAUGGACAUUUUGUAAAUGCUUGUCUGUCCCUGUGAUCAUACUAACCCAUUUACUGUGGAACCGUGACAAGUUACUGCAACUUUGGGUCAGGGUUUGGGUGAGGAGACAAUACUAUUUCCUAUGUUUCUCAGUAUGUUAUAUGUGUUUUGGUGGGAAAGGUAGCCUACUUUACAGCAGUAUAUUCAAUUUCAAGAGAAAUCAGUUUUUCUCACAGCUGUUAUCCUGUACAUAUCAGUAUACUUUUCUUAAUUUUGAUGUACACCCCAACAAAAUAUCUGAAUGGUGUUCUAAAAUGACCAUACCACCACUUCAGUGAUUCAAUGUCUUUAUUGGUUCAUGUAUUUGCUGGCAUAAAAAAUAUGCUACUUUGCUCAAAAUUCCAAAGCUUCCUUCCAGGUAAAUUGUUCCAGUGAUUUUAAAUUUAACACAGGUUGUUAAGUGCAUAACAUUAUAAUGAGACUUGAAUGUCACAUAAGGUUCGUGUGUGAUCCAAUGUGCUCUUUAGGUGUCAGUUUAUGCUGAUAAAAGGCACAAGUGGAUGACAGACAGAGCUCUCUUGGAUCAUUCACUGAACAAAUAGUACUCUGAACAACAAAACUUUGCCUUUGACGUUGAAUCAAAAUUCUCUAUGCCCCUUCUUUCUUGUGACUACUUACAUUAGUCUGAAGGUUACACUGAUUAGACAGACUAAUGCUCUCAUAGUUACAAGAGACAGAUGUUGCAAUUAUGAAAAAAAAAAAAAAUUGACUUCCACAAAGUUGUUUCAAAACCUUUGCACCGAGCUAAGACUAAAUGUGGGAUUUUGAGAAGUAAUUGUCAAUUUAAAGAGGAACUCUUUAAAGGGUUCAAGUGUGUUCUGUGUACUUAUGUACUUAUCCACACUGUUGACUGUGGUUAGGUGUAGUCUGUUUUAUUUGUUACCGCUUUCAUCUAUGAUAUAUCGUUACAAGCAUCUUGGAGAACUUGCCACAGUUCUUCUGUGUAUUCAGUCUGUCUCAUGUCUCCUGUUUGUUUAUGCUGUUGGCUCAGUGGGUUCAGACCAUCUGUUGCAGGAAUCUGGUUCUUCUUGUAGCUGAAGAAAGUUCUUUGUGUUUGGUCAGUGGUCUACACUUAAAUGGCACUUCCUACCUUUGUGGUACCCAAAGCGAGGUGCUUGCCUGCCAUCAGGAGCAACUUGGUGAUCAGUGUCUUGCCCAAUGACACUUAAGCAUGCAAGGGGAACCUUUUGAUUAGUGGACAACCCCACUCUUCCACCUGAGCCACUGCCACCAUAUGUUUGAGACUCAUUUUCCUAAUUAAUUUUGGGACAAUCAAAUGGCUCUCUGAUGGUGUUGUGCAAUGGAUUAGAACCUUAAUAUCUCAAGUCACUGUAAAGUUUGCAUCUUAGCAUGUCUGAACUUUUUAAUGCUACAGUCAAAUUCUGUCAAAAGGAUUUAAGCACCUUUUAAUUUUUAAAGCGAAGAAAUGAUGUGGUGUGUUUUUAGUUAGAGCCUCCAAACAAAAGCGCCAAACUGGGAGUGUUUCUUCCUUGACAAAGUGCUGUGCAAUGCCUGGUGCAGCUGUCAACAAUAACUUGUGCUGUUUACAUUCACAGGUGAAGGCCCAAGGUUCUGGAGGAAUUUCAAUUUCAGCUUCUGUAAUUAAAGGGCAAUAACUCCUUCUUUCGAAUCUAGAAACUAGAACCUAUUGACUUUGAGGCUGCCACAAGAAUAACAGAAAGUUCUACAAACUUAACAAAACAUGUUAUUGUUUUUCACUCUCAAACAAACAUGAGUAUUUUGUCAUACUCACUUGGCAAGCCAACACUGAUUGGUAGUAGUUUCUAAAGUCCUGACAAAUCACCCUUACAAAAUUUGUACAGCUGUUUAUUGCUAUGGUAGGGUUUGAUUAAGUUAAAGCUAUGAAAAUUGUUGUAAAACUUCCAGCAUUGUAACUGGCUGUUAGAGCUGUAAACACAAGAUGAAAGAGCAAAUCCCUCGUGCUGUCAUUUUUCUUGUGAGGACAGUCUUUUCAAAAGAGAAGCAAUUGUGACCUUUGAAAUGAUUAUUUAUCCUCUGUUUUCUUAAAGGGCAUACGGAUCCUUUGACUGUUUGUCUAUGUGUGUAAUCUGUCCAUGUACAUAUUCUCUUUAUGAUUUAAAAUGACUUAACUGAGGUGAGAUGCUGAGUAUUGUACCAACAUGCUGCUUCAAAAACCACUGUGGGUGGAUAUAAAGGGAAUAUGGUUCCUAGGCUUCACAGAACCAGUAUACACUCAGAACUCUAUUUUGUUGGUUUUGAAAAAUGUGAAUUUUGAUAAAACUGUGGUUUUUAUAAAUGCUAUGACAACAAUUUAUACUUCACACUACAGAAAUGUGAAUUCUCAUCUUGGUUCAUGUGAUGUUUGAAUUAUUUUUAUUUUUUAAAAUGUAUAUCAGGAUAUUUGACAUGUUCUUCCUGCCACAAGAUACACGUGUACUCUUGCACUGUUGAUGUUCUGUACAUGAGUCUUUUCUGAACUCAAAUCCUAUUGAACUCGUUGGUCAUAAAGUUCUCAGUUCUUUUGAGGUACAACACUCCUGGUUUUGUGACAGUAUCCAAUAGCACAGCCAAAUCCAUCAAUUUUCUUCCCAAUAGAUGUUUUCUCAUUCAGUGCCAUUGUAAAAUGGGUAGGUAAUGUAUCUCCUCAUUCACUUUUUGUGGUUAAGUUGUUGUUUAUGAUCUACUCACUAGCACACAUUUUUUGAUAAGAAAAAAAAGUUCUCACUUGAAAUGAAGAUUUGAGUCCAUUUAUUAAUGCUUUGCUCACAGAGUGCUGGCUUAGCUACGGAAGAGCUGUGGGCAAAGAGGCCAUAAUGGGUUAAUCUGACCCAACACCUUUACCUCCAUCCUCUUCUUGUUCUGUAUGGUUGCACAGCGAGGUCAGAAGCUGCUUUACAUGUACAAUAUUUGUGCAUGUUUUUGUUUGAACAUAUUCUAUUUGUCAGUGGAAAGUAUGAGACAAGCUCAUCACAGAUGUACAUUAGAUACUGUGGGUGUGAUGUGUGCUCUGUGCCAAACGUCCUGCAGUCACACAAAUUGUUUGACACUUUUAAAUGACCGCAGUCUAAAACAAGGUGCUUCCACAGCUCUGAUUUUGAAGCUCUUCCGGGAAAUUAUUGGUAAUUCAUGUCCUCUUUUCCUUUUAAUAUAUCUUGUUCAGUUAGAUUAUCAAUAUCAGUCUGCACUGAUCUGUCAUGCAAUAUGCACCAUUAUUGUAACAAUGGUCCUAAACGUCUUACAGACAUGCACAAAUAGACUGUACUGUACACAUGCAUGGCCUGCACAUGUUUUGACACAAUGGGCAAGGCACCACAUUCACACCUUGUAUGCACCUGUUCAAUCUGACAUCAUUUGAUCUGUUUUUCUUCGCAGAAAUGAGUUCAUUUAAGGAUUUCUGAGAACUCCUUUGAAGUAUGGUUACUCUUAUGUUUUUUUUUUUAAAUUUAUUUGAAGCCUAACUUAACAACACAAGCUAAUAAUUAUGAUAGAUUCGUAGUCAAAAGAACCUUGUGUUGUUAUAUUUAAGUAAAUGCAACAGAAAAAGCUCCUUUCACCUCAAACAUUGUCUAACUGUGUCUGAACAGUAGCUAAACAGUGAGAUUUCCUAAAGAGAGAAGAAAGAAUCAAAGUCUGAAUUGGGGCCCUGAGUAACUACUUUUCACGUGAUCGAUCAUCAUUUCAACAUGAUAUUGAAUGUGUACAUUGAGGUUUUACUGGGUUGCACAGUUACACAACCUCCUAAAAGUGAGUGAGAAGUCACACUGCAAGACAUAUUCACCCAUAACAGUAAUAUAUUCUGACUACCUGAUGUUCUUUAAUUCAUUUUAAAUCAUCAAAUGACUGUGGGAGUUCAUAGCCUGAACUGCAGACUCACUGCUCUUAUCACUGGCUCAUUUUUGUAUGUGGGAGUCAUUUACAAACACACAUUUACAAACAGAGAGCAGGAAAAUCACUUGAAUUUAACCUCUUUAUGUACAGACUGAAGAAAACUUUUCCCUUUUUAAAAAAAUAAUUGCUUCAAUGUGUGUGCGCUGUGCUCCAUCCAUGUGUUGGCCCAUGUCAAAACUGCCCUAUGGCAGCUUCUCAGUACUUCGUACAGCUGAAAUGUGCCUGGUUUUGGUAGUAUUUUUACCAUUUACUUUUUUUUUGCCAGAGACAAGUUGAAAAUGUUCAAAUUCAAAAAUGUUUUUGUGUUCUCUCUGAGAGUGAACUAUUAAGAUAGAUAUCAACUUAGUAUCUGUGUGUGUUAAGAGCAGAGAUGGAGUCAGAACAUGGUUAGCUUGUUUAGCAUAAAGGCUGGAUGGUCAGGAACGGGAAACAUCUUCUCUUGCUUGUUCAAAGUUCAUAAACACAACAGUAUAUGGAUCAACACAAACGAUAAACAGGAUUCAACAUUGAACUUAAAAGAUGUUUAUAGGUGGAUUUUAUCUGAUUGAUUGAUAUCUAUCUUCUUGUCACACUCUCUGAAGGACAAAAACUGAAAACCUCAGAAAUUUUGAACAGGUGAACUGAAAUCAAAGUGAUGGUUUAAAUAACCCCAUGCAUAGUGCAGAACAGAGGCUUUUACACUGUCAAGGUUAAUGUUGAGUCUACAGUAUACUGUCAACAUGCUUCAGUUAAUAUUUAAAGUACCAAAAAAUACACAAGAGGUUUAACUGUCCAGAAUCCAGUAUUUCAGCUUUAUGCAGUACCUGUUCCCUUUACCGCACAGCCCUUCUUUUUGCCUGAGGGUCCCCUGAAGACAUUUCUAUUCUCUGUAGAUGGGAGUUUUAGAUAAAGGUUUUUCCUGCACCCUUGGUCCAAAGCACACGGGACAUAGGGGUCCAUGUAAAAUUCCAGAGGGUUUACCCACAGCCAAACAAGCUCUUACCACUGUGAUCUCACUUGGACUUUGCUUUUCUUUUUUAUGUUGUACAAAUGUAUAUUUGAUGGUAUACAUGUGAAGGAUGUAUCGAUUUGAAUUAUUUGUAAUACUGUUAUUGGUUUAUUUUGUAAAAAAAAAACAACAAGAAAAUAAAAAGUAAAUAAAGAAAGGACAGCACACACAA